AUGAGCGACUUCGGCCACUUUGGUUCCGAGGAGGAGUACGCGACUGUGCGCAAACACAAUGCGGAGGUGGAAUCCGACCCCGACAACUUCGAUCACUGGGAGAAUCUCAUCAAAGCUUGUGAGACAUUGGAGGGUGGCUUGAACCGCAACUCAAGUCCCCAAGCACUAGCAACUUUCCGCGAUGCGUACGAUCGGCUCUUGACGAAAUUUCCCCUCUUCUUCGGCUACUGGAAGAAGUAUGCUGAUAUGGAGUUCAACAUCGCCGGCCCCGAGUCUGCCGAGAUGGUCUAUGAAAGAGGAUGUGCAAGCAUCACCAAUUCUGUCGACUUGUGGACGGAUUACUGCUCCUUCAAGAUGGAGACAACCCAUGACCCACACCUCGUCAGAGAGCUUUUUGAGCGAGGAUCAGCCUUUGUUGGUCUUGACUUUCUGGCGCACCCUUUCUGGGAUAAGUACAUAGAGUACGAAGAGCGCCAGGAGGCCCAGGACAAGAUCUAUGCCAUUCACGCACGCAUCAUUCGCAUACCUAUGCAUCAGUAUGCCCGAUAUUACGAGAGAUUUCGAUCACUAUCGCACAAUCAGCCAAUCACGGAAGUUGUUCCCGCCGAGGAUCUGGCGCGAUUCAGAGCAGAGGUUGAAGCCGAAAACGUUGCUUUCGGCGGCGCCCCCAAGCCUGAAUUAGAGAUUGAGCGCGAUGUUCGUGCAAAGAUUGAUGCGAUGUUCUAUGAGAUUUUCACAACCACACAAACCGAAGUAUCAAAGCGCUGGACAUACGAGUCCGAGAUCAAGAGACCCUACUUUCACGUCACCGCCCUCGAGCACAAGGACCUGGCAAACUGGCGCAAAUAUUUGGAUUUUGAAGAAUCUGAAGGAGAUUAUGCAAGAAUCGUUGCCUUGUACGAGCGGUGCCUUGUUACAUGCGCAUUCUACGACGAUCUCUGGUUUCGAUACGCCAGGUGGAUGUCUGGCCAGGAAGGAAAGGCGGAAGAAGUUCGUAAUAUUUACGUGCGGGCCUCGACAAUGUUUGUGCCUAUCAGCCGGCCGGGCAUCAGACUGCAGUGGGCUUACUUCGAAGAGAGCACAGGCCGCGUUGACGUUGCUCUCGACAUCCAUGAGGCUAUUCUUCUGCGAUUGCCAGACUCUGUUGAGGUGAUUGUUUCAUGGGCCAAUGUUGAGCGACGGCAAAACGGAAUCGAUGCUGCUAUCCAGGUGUACAAGAACCAAAUCGACGCCCCUACAGUGGACCUUUAUACCAAAGCCGCAUUGGUUGCAGAAUGGGCUCUGUUGCUCUGGAAGGUCAAGGGAUCUGCUGACGAAGCUCGCGAGGUUUUUACCAAGAACGUAACGUGGUAUGGCGACAGCAGACUAUUCUGGGACCGAUGGUUCCAGUUUGAGCUGGACCAGCCAUCAAGCGCCGAGACUGAAGCCCAGCAUGGCGAGUGCAUGAAGAAGGUGUUUGAUGAGCUUCGAGAACGAAGCCAACUUUCUGCACUAGUAAAGAAGGACUUGGCUCAGAUCUACCUCAACUACUUGAUUGAACGGGGCGACAAGGAUGCCAUGAAGGUAUUCUUGCAAGUUGAUAGGGAAAUAUUUGGGCCAUCGUCAGUAGCGAAAUUAUCCACGGAAAGUGGCAAGGAAAACGGUGCUGCAAAGGGCGAGCUAGAUGAAGCCAGCAGGCAGAGAGCCGAGGCUCAAUACGUUCAUUUCUAUGAAGUCCAUGGUGAGCCAGAAGCUGAUGCACAGGGCAACGCAGACUUCAACUGA